AUGCCGCAAGACAGGGAAAGCCCUGGAGGUUCGUCUAGAAGUCCAGGGGUCAGGUCAAGCGUUGGAGAGACCUACGAUAUCACGGAGCGUCAAAGCAGCCCAAUUUCUGAAGACAACCAUAAUGAGGAUUUUUUGAUCGGACUUGAUGUUCGAAACGAACAGGAUUUAUUUGGAACGGGGGCACCAAACGAGAUUCGAGUUAACUGUGGAAUCUUUGCGCGCAACGCUAGAGCGCUUUACCAGGCUGAUGGAUCUUUGGAACUGUCUCCGGGUAGUGAGGACAGUUCCCAGGAAGGGUGGAGGAAUGAGCUGACGACAACCCAUCGUGCUAGCGCAGCUCAAUGGGCAGCAUCCAACAACGAUUACAGAGGUAGGCCCACGGCCCCCAGAACAUUCCUGCCUGGGGACUUUCAACAUUCGCGCCGACGUGACAGUUGGCGGCGAGGGUCAGGGGAUGCCUGGAACAGCGCUGCGAACGGUCCCUAUCACUUGAGUCAACGGAGGAACAGACGGAAUAGCCAAGUGAACGGUAUGUAUCACUCAAACGAGCGUCCCAGUCCCAAUGAACUCCAGCUUGAUGCAUCCCAAAAUGCUCCCGGAUCUGUGGGGUGGCAGCAGGGAUCGGCGAACACACGAAGCAGCCAGGGGAACGGAAACGAACAAUUUCCCAGCCUUACGACCAAUGUCGGUGCCAGCGACCAGAAUCCCAACGAUGAUUAUUUGGAACCAAGCAACUAA